AUGAUGAAGCUCGUGGCUGAAAUCUUGACAGGCAAGCUUUUUUUCGUCGAAAUCGAAAACGAUGACACGAUCUGCGACCUCAAGAGGAAAAUCGGCACGCAAGAAAAUCUCCCGAGCGAACGGCUAAUCCUCAUACUCGAUAAUGCCGAUCAAGAACGUCUGAAGAUGGAUAGAGACGAAACACCUCUCGAUUGUUACGGGGUUCGAGAUGGGUCCCACAUCUACAUUUUCUUCGAGCCUCCGAACGAGGUCUCGUCUUAUAAUAACUCUCCUUCGACUCCUCAAUAUCCCGCGCCUUCGCCUUCACCUUCGCCCAUUAGCCCUUCCGAACGUGCGUGA